AUGCCACCCAGGCCAGUUAAACUCUCGUCUCCCGCGUUACUUAAGGCGCCCGAGAGGGGCAACGUGUUGGAGCAAUGCGGGCUUGCCUUUGCACGAAUUCGACUGUCAGGCGUAACCUCGUGUGAAAUGGGGUUUUGGGAUGAGUCGCUGGCUAGUCAAAGAUCCACGAUUCAUCGGGCAGCAUCGGUACCGCAGACGGGCGCCGGAAGUUUCCUGAGGACCGGCGACCUGUCGGUCUAG